GCAGCAAGAGGGAGGGAGAGAGAUUCUUCCCGUUCCCUCACUCCCAUCCCCACUAUCUCCCUCUCCCACCCCACACGCCGUGGCCGUGGGCAGCUAGUGGCACCUUGCCCUGCAACCCGCAACACACAACGUCCCACCUAUCUCACCUCAUCUCACCUAUCCAUCCAAAAACAUCCGUCCGUCUUGCACCCCCAUGCAUUCGUCCGUCUCGAUCAGCACGACAUGCCGACAUCGCCGCCGUCGCUCCUGGACCUCCUGAGCCCCUCCCCUCCUGCUCCUGAGGCGGCGGCGUCGUCUGGACACGGCGGCGCCACGGUGGUGCAGGUGGUGCCGAUGGACGUGUCCGAGGAGCUGCUGGGCAAGUUCAUGGACGCCAGCGAGUUCGGCUUCGACUACGACACGAGCGGCCUCUGGUCCCCGCUCGUGCUGCUGCGGCCGGAGGUCCUCGCGCUCGCCUCGGCCCGCGCCAAGCGCCCACGCCCUCGCCGGGGCUGGAGAAGGAAGAUGUUUUGCUGCUGGUGACAUGCACCACUGCCCAUUGGUGUUCUGGGCAAUGGGAUCAUAUAGAUCCUUCUGCAGUUUAGGGAGGCUUGCUAAUCGAUGUAUUUACGGGAAAAUUACUACUGUACUUAGUUUUCUGUAAGAAAUUAGGGGAUUUAACCCUGGGGUGUACUUUGGGCCCGAAAUGGCGAGCGCCAUUUUCACCCUCGAGUGAAUAAGGAAAUAUAAACAUAAGCAGGUCAUACGUGUGCAGUUGAUCCCACCAUUGUGGUUGGAUCCGGCAACGACGGCGUUCAUGCACGGCACCGUUCCCUUGCUGAGGGUGUCGCUGUCGCGAAACCUUCUCAUAGUUGGGUGUUGUAAAAAGCGGUGGUAACUGUUGAUGUUUUACUGUAUUUUGAAAGGAGGCUGGAGUAACUUGUUCUUGUCUGAAAAUCGACUGAUAUCAAUGUAAUCUGUACUCAGACUCCCAGUUAAUGAGCUGCUCUGAGAUCUGAGGGCAUUAAUCUUCAGAUCCACA